AUGCAGGUCAUCUCCGAUGAUGGCUCCAUCAUGCCUUCUAUCCAGCUAGAUGCUGUAACUGCUCGAGGGCGAGUGGAGCAGCUACCUGGGCAUACGGAGGAAUUGGAGCAGAGGCUAUAUGCUGAGAAAGAUCAUACAAUACAACAGUUGAAGAUGCAGUUAGCACAUGAACUUGAGGAAGCGAGUACUUCCAGGCGGGAAUUAGCUGAGGCGAGAGAGACAUUGGGUCGAGAACGGGCUGAAAUGGAAUACAAGGUUCAACAGUUAGAAGAACAGGUGGCUCAUGCAGUCGAGGAAGUGAAUUCAGUCAAGAAGGAGUUUAGCGAGGCAAGAAAAGCAUGGACUCAGGAACAAGAAUCGAGUGCUUUCGCUCUUGCUGAUCUGAAAAUUGAAGCUCAGCAGUAA